UCUAAUGGGAGUUAGAGUAAAGAAAGCAAGGAGUGGUUAAAUAGGGUUCUAUAAAGAAAAUAAUUAAAAAAAAAACAGACCGGCGAGGGCCGGAACUUCCUGGGCUUUGUUCGAACGAAGAAAGAAAGCGAGCCGCAGCCUCGCUUCGCUACACCCCACCGCGAGUGCCCGUGCGAGCGACCGUCGAGGUCGAUGUUUCGAAUCUGCUUGGUCGAGUUGAUCUUUUUGGCGUGAUUCCAGAUAAUUCGUGGAGUUUUUCUCAAUCCGAGAUUUUAAUAUCCGUUCUUGAUCGGUGCAAAAGGGAAGGCGAUUCAUUCUAGUUGGAGCUGAAGCCUUUGAGGGAUUGGAUGUUGGGAAUGAUUUAUUCAAUUUGAGGUGAAGAAACCCUAACAAGGAGAGGAUGGCACGGACGGGGAGGUUAAGAGAGCGGCUCCGGUGGAGCAAGCUCUACUCUUUCUCUUGCGUCCGUCCCUCUGGUCCAUUGGACAAUGAGGCUUCCUAUUCUCUCCAAGGUUGCUCUCGUAUUGUCUACUGCAACCAACCCCGAGUCCACCGCAAGAAACCUCUCAAGUACCCUACCAACUACAUCUCGACCACCAGGUACAACGUCAUCACCUUCCUUCCAAAAGCCAUCUUUGAGCAGUUCCGGCGAGUCGCCAACCUGUACUUCCUCCUUGCUGCCAUCCUCUCCCUCACCCCUGUCACCCCCUUCUCCGCUGUGAGCAUGAUUGCCCCUCUGGCUUUUGUUGUCGGGCUCAGUAUGGCAAAAGAGGCAUUGGAAGACUGGCGAAGGUUCAUGCAGGACAUGGAAGUUAAUAGCCGGAAGGUCAGUAUCCACAAGGGGGACGGGCGGUUUGGUUACAAGCACUGGCAGAAGAUUCGGGUUGGAGAUGUUGUCAAAGUUGAGAAGGACCAGUUCUUCCCUGCUGACUUGCUUUUGUUGUCAUCUAGCUACGAAGAUGGGAUAUGCUAUGUUGAGACUAUGAAUUUGGACGGGGAGACAAAUUUAAAGGUCAAGAGAUGUUUGGAGGUAACUCUGCCCUUGGAUGAUGAUGAGGCUUUCAAGGAUUUUGGGGCCGUCAUACGGUGCGAAGAUCCAAAUCCUAAUCUCUACACUUUUGUGGGUAAUUUUGAAUACGAGCGGCAGGUCUACCCUCUUGAUCCAACUCAGAUUCUUCUUAGAGAUUCAAAGCUUAGGAACACUAGCUAUGUCUACGGAGUUGUCAUUUUCACUGGUCAUGACAGCAAAGUUAUGCAGAACGCAACAAAAUCACCAUCUAAAAGAAGCAAAAUUGAAAAGAAAAUGGAUAAGAUCAUUUACAUACUCUUUACACUUCUUGUACUGAUUUCGCUGAUCAGCUCAAUCGGGUUUGCAGUGAAGACCAAGUUUGGGAUGCCAAAAUGGUGGUACUUGCAACCGCAGAAUACCACGAACUUGUAUGACCCAUCAAAGGCUACAUUAGCUGGAAUCUUCCAUCUUGUUACGGCCCUUAUUUUAUAUGGAUAUUUAAUACCCAUUUCGCUCUAUGUAUCAAUUGAAGUUGUCAAGGUCUUGCAAGCCAUGUUCAUUAACCAAGACCUUCACAUGUAUGAUGAGGAGACAGGAAUUCCAGCACAAGCACGGACCUCAAAUUUAAAUGAGGAGCUUGGGCAAGUUGAUACAAUUUUAUCAGAUAAAACUGGCACUUUGACCUGCAAUCAGAUGGAUUUCUUAAAGUGUUCCAUUGCAGGAGUUUCAUAUGGUGUGGGUUCUAGUGAAGUGGAAAUGGCUGCAGCAAAGCAGAUGGCCUCAGAAGCUUCCAAUGCUCCAGAGCAGCUUAGCAGCAGUCAGGAUUUCUGGGAGGAUAGUGGAGGUGGUUUUGGAUCUUCAGAAAUUGAAUUGGAAAGUGGGAUAAAUUGUACAGUUGAAAAGCCACAAAAGCCUAGAAUUAAGGGUUUCAGUUUUGCAGAUGAUCGUCUCAUGCAUGGUAAUUGGACAAAAGAGCCCAAUGCAGGUACCAUUCUUCUGUUCUUCAGGAUACUCGCGCUCUGUCACACGGCAAUUCCUGAGCUAAAUGAGGAAACUGGUGGUUUUACCUAUGAAGCGGAAUCGCCAGAUGAAGGGGCAUUUCUUGUCACAGCCAGGGAAUUUGGAUUUGAGUUCUGUAAGAGGACUCAAUCAAGUGUAUUUGUCCGGGAGAGAUAUUCCUCUUCUGAGAACCCUGUGGAAAGGGAGUUCAAGAUUCUCAAUCUAUUGGAAUUCAACAGCAAAAGGAAGAGAAUGUCAGUAAUUGUACGGGACGAGAGUGGGCAGAUUAAUCUUCUGUGUAAAGGUGCAGACAGACAGUAUUUGUUUCAUGAACCAAGCAGCGUCAUUUUUGAAAGACUGUCAAAAAAUGGAAGAAUGUAUGAAAAUGAUACUAGCAAGCAUCUAAAUGAGUAUGGAGAAGCAGGUUUGCGGACAUUGGCGCUAGCAUACAGGGUGCUUGAGGAAUCCGAGUAUUCUGCUUGGAACACUGAGUUUAUUAAAGCAAAAACUACUAUAGGGCCUGAUAGAGAAGCCCAACUGGAGCGAGUUUCUGAUAUGAUUGAAAGAGAUUUAUUUCUUGUUGGUGCUACUGCUGUGGAGGACAAAUUACAGAAAGGAGUCCCACAGUGCAUAGAUAAAUUGGCACAAGCUGGUCUUAAGAUCUGGGUUCUGACAGGUGAUAAGAUGGAAACUGCCAUCAACAUAGGAUUUGCUUGCAGUUUACUUAGGCAAGGCAUGAAACAGAUCUGUAUAUCCACAAUGAACAGCGAUUUGGUAACUCGGGAUGCUAAAAAGGCUGCAAAAGAGAAUAUUUUGAUGCAAAUCACUAAUGCCACCCAAAUGGUCAAGCUCGAAAGGGAUCCUCAUGCAGCAUUUGCUUUAAUCAUUGAUGGAAAAACUUUGUCACAUGCUUUGGAGGAUGAUAUGAAGAAUCAGUUCUUGAGUUUGGCAGUUGGUUGUGCUUCUGUCAUAUGCUGCCGGGUCUCCCCGAAGCAGAAAGCACUGGUGACUCGGUUGGUGAAAGAAGGUACAGGCAAAACUACUUUGGCAAUUGGUGAUGGUGCAAACGAUGUUGGCAUGAUUCAAGAGGCUGAUAUUGGUGUUGGUAUCAGUGGGGUGGAAGGAAUGCAGGCUGUAAUGGCUAGCGAUUUUUCCAUUGCCCAGUUUCGGUUUCUAGAGCGGCUUCUUGUAGUCCAUGGGCAUUGGUGUUAUAAGAGGAUUGCCCAGAUGAUCUGUUAUUUCUUCUACAAGAAUAUAGCCUUUGGCCUCACUCUUUUCUACUUCGAGGCAUAUACCGGCUUCUCCGGGCAAUCGGUGUAUGAUGACUGGUAUAUGCUACUAUUCAAUGUCAUUCUCACAUCAUUGCCGGUUAUAUCCUUGGGAGUAUUUGAGCAGGAUGUUUCUUCUGAAGUCUGCUUACAGUUCCCAGCAUUGUACCAGCAAGGACCGAAGAACCUUUUCUUCGAUUGGUAUAGGAUAUUCGGGUGGAUGGGCAAUGGUCUCUACUCAUCCCUCAUUAUAUUCUUCCUGAACAUCAACAUUUUCUACGAUCAGGCAUUCCGUGCAGGGGGCCAGACUGCUGACAUGGCCGCUGUUGGGACCACCAUGUUCACCUGCAUCAUAUGGGCUGUCAACAUGCAGAUUGCCCUAACAAUGAGCCACUUCACGUGGAUCCAGCACCUGUUCGUGUGGGGCAGCAUUGCCACAUGGUACGUCUUCCUGGUUGCCUAUGGAAUGUCUUCACCAUUGAUCUCUGGAAAUGCCUAUCAGAUACUCCUGGAAGCCCUUGGACCAGCCCCUUUGUAUUGGGUUGUAACACUUCUAGUUACUGCUUCCUGCAAUAUCCCCUAUCUGGCCCACAUCUCCUUCCAGAGGGCAUUAAAUCCUCUGGAUCACCAUGUGAUCCAAGAGAUCAAAUACUAUAAGAAGGAUUUGGAGGACCAGCGUAUGUGGAAGAGGGAGCGGUCGAAAGCGAGGCAAGAAACUAAGAUUGGUUUUACUGCAAGGGUGGAUGCCAAGAUCAGGCAUCUGAAGGGGAAGUUGCAGAAGAAAUCAUCAACAUUCAGCAUUCAAAUGGCGUCAUAACAUGUCAGAGCCUAUUGAUUUUAUUGCAUUGAUUGGAACAAAUGGUCUCAGCUUCAACCUAGCUGCGAUAUCCUCCACAUGCUAGUUCUUCUUUCUCAACAGUUAUUACAAUGUCAGCCUGGAAGAACCAUGGUACUUGUUAAGAUAUAAUAACUCUGGAGUUUCAGACUAGUCUGCAGCAAAUUAGUUUUUGCACGAUUCAGAAAUCUACAGGUGGCCAAACCAUUCAAGCUUGUGAUCUAAAACUAUAUAAUUUCUAUAAAAUUUAUAGUUAUGUGAUCGACUAAAGCUGACUGCUUAUAGCUCUAAAAUUCUGUAUGGAGUCUACCUUUCAGGGAAUGUUAUGCUUGUCACCACUUGAAAAUUAUAACAAAAUAUAGAGUGCAUGAAAAAAAUUAUGGGUUGUCAGAAAUAUCUUGUAUAUUAAGGUUGUAAUUCCUCUGCUUCUCUGUAACUCUUUUGACUGAUUUGAGUAAAGUUGGCUGUUUUAUUC